ACCCCCCAGCGCCCCGGCCGCCUCUCGGCCCCGCAGCGGCCAUGGCCUCCCCGGCCACGCGCGCGCGGCCCGUGCGGGUGCUGCUGGACAUGGACGGCGUGUUGGCCGACUUCGAGGCCGGCCUGCUGCGCGGCUUCCGCCGCCGCUUCCCCGGGGAGCCCCACGUGCCGCUGGAGCAGCGCCGCGGCUUCCUGGCCCGCGAGCAGUACCGGGCGCUGCGGCCCGACCUGGCGGACAAAGUGGCCAGCGUGUACGAAGCGCCGGGCUUCUUCCUGGACCUGGAGCCCCUGCCCGGAGCCCUGGACGCCGUUCGGGAGAUGGACGCCAUGCCCGACACCGAGGUCUUCAUCUGCACCAGCCCUCUGCUCAAGUACCAGCACUGUGUUGGGGAGAAGUACCAAUGGGUGGAGAAGCACCUGGGGCCCCGCUUCGUGGAACGCAUCAUCCUGACCCGGGAUAAGACGGUGGUUCUGGGGGACCUGCUUAUCGAUGACAAGGACACCAUUCGAGGCCAGGAGGAGACCCCGAGCUGGGAGCACAUCCUUUUCACCUGCUGCCACAACCGCCACCUGGCCCUGCCCCCCACCAGGCGCCGCCUGAGCUCCUGGAGCGACAAUUGGAGAGACAUCGUGGACAGCAAGCGGGCGGCUGGGCAGCAGGCACCAGGGGACCCGCAGCAGUGAGGGGAGCUGGCCCCAGCUGGUCCUUGCUGGUCGUGG